CCAAAAUGGCAGAAAAAAUUACGGAAAAUCUCAAGAAGGAUAUUUUAUCGCAGUUACGCCACAGAAACCAGCACCAGCGUGAAAGUUAUGCCCCUCUAAUACAAGCCCACAAUAAGUUGUUUGAUAACUCUGAGUCACUCAAGAAUAAAAAUGUGGCAUUGACUGUGGAAACAGAAAAACUGAAACGAGAAAAUUUAGAACUUCAGCUCAAAGCUGAUAAGGGAGGGGGAGGUGUAGCAUCUAGUGAGACGGUGCAGGCUCUGGAGAAACAAUUGUAUGAACUUCAAAAAGAACUGACAGAUCUACAUAGGAAGAAGGGAGAGAAUGCCCAACAAAUUAUAGACCUUAACCAUGUACUACAAGAAAAAGAAAAGGAGUUGAACAACAUUGAACAAAAAUUAUAUGAGUCAGAAAACAAAGGUUUAGCAUUAAGAAGUGCAGUAACAGAUCUAGAAGCCACCAUUAUGGAACUAGAAGCUACAAACCAGAUGCUUAAAGAUGAACAACAGGCCCUACAGUUAGCAUUUUCAGCAUUAGAGGAGAGAUAUCGCAAAUGUCAAGAGGACAAUAAUGACCUUGUGUCUCGCUGGAUGGCGCUCAAAUCUGUCGAGGCUGAUAAAUUUAACGCAGAAAACCAUAAAAAAUUUGAAAUGCAGCAGAAACGAAUAAAAGAUGAACUAACAAAAGCAUCUGAAGAAUUUGUUGUUUUAAAAAAGGAGACAGACCAAGGUCCUCUGUCGCCACCUAUAUGCUAUGCAGUAUCCAUUCCAACAAAAGCCGUAUAUAAAUUUGAUGCCCAUGACGGGGAAGUGAAUGCAAUAAAAUGGAGUCCGUCUGGUAGGAAGUUCGCAACUGGUGGAGCCGAUAGAAAAGUAAAAAUAUGGGAAGUUGUUGGAGGUAAAUGUGAGUCAAGGGGAUUCCUAUCUGGAAGUAAUGCAGCUAUAAUGUCAGUGGAUUUUGACUACAAUGACCAGCUUAUUCUUGGUGCUUCAAAUGACUUUGCUAGUAGAGUCUGGACACUGUCUGAUCAAAGGUUAAGGCACACCCUGACUGGCCACAGUGGCAAGGUGCUGUCUGCAAAAUUUCUAGGAGAUUCUUCAAAGGUUGUUACUGGGAGUCAUGAUAGGACACUAAAAAUAUGGGAUUUAAGGUCAAAGGCAUGUGUAAAGACAAUAUUUGCCGGGUCGAGCUGCAAUGACUUAGUCACAUCUGAUGGACUAGCUACAAAUAUAAUUAGUGGACAUUUUGAUAAAAGAAUAAGAUUCUGGGAUACCAGAUCCGACUCAAGUGCCAAUGAGAUACUGCUUCAAGGCAGAGUGACUGGCCUGGAUUUAUCUCCUGAUCGUAACUAUCUUCUGAGCUGCUCUAGGGAUGACACUAUAAAACUAAUAGAUCUACGGAUGAACCAAGUCACUGGCACUUACUGUGCUGAUGGUUUCAAAGUAGGCAUGGACUGGACAAGAGCUGUCUUCAGCCCUGAUGGGGAAUAUCUAAUUGCUGGAUCACAUGAUGGUACACUCUUCAUCUGGAAUAUUGCCAAAAAUAAAGUGGAGAAAAUGUUGAAGGAGCACAAUCACAGCGUGAUAGCAUGUUCCUGGCAUCCGAAUGGUUCAUCAAUUCUAUCAUGUGAUAAACAAAAGAAAGCAAUCCUCUGGUCGGAAUUCUAAUCCGAAGUUCCAAUCCUAUAAGCCUAAAAAGUUUUUACUUUCCAUACAUUGUAAGAAUAUAAUGACUCUGGAACUACCCUUUAUCCCCUUUGUCAAGCAAUACUACCCUCUGGAACUACCCUUUAUCCCCUUUGUCAAACCUUACUCCCCUCUGACUUUACAGAUGAGUUUACAGUUUGGAAACUGAUAACAUCUCAAUGAUCUCAAAUGGACCUUUCAUUAUAUCUCAUGGGAGUUUGAAUUUAAAGUGAUAUUGGUACUUACAGGCAGAAAAUGUUGUGUUGUGAUUUAUAUGUCACCACCAGAAAUGAUGAC